UGAUUACAAUAGCUUUUGUGAUUACAACAGCACUGGACUGAAUGUACAUGCAUAAAUUAUGAUUGUUAUAGAUGAGCAACUGCUGGUGGCUAGGUGGUUUCAAGAUGAAUUCAUUUAUUUGAACAAUCAGAGUACUUCAACCUUGUUUCCAGAUGGUGUUCCACCAGAUGGUACUCCUAUUAGGAUAGUCUCUACAUUUCAUCUCUCAUUGGUUGUCAUUUUUUAUGCAAUCAGUUUUGCUGGCCUUGUAUUUUGCGUUGUCUGUCUUAUAUUCACCUUUUAUUUUAGAAAUAAGAAAUUAAUCAAGCUUAUUAGUGCUAAUCUUAAUUAUUUCAUAAUUGCUGGCACUUCAAUGGUCUUUCUCUCAAUAUUUGUACGAAUAUUUCCUUUUGAUACCAGCAAUGAAAAAACAUUCAAGAAAACUCGGCUCCUAUUUUGCUAUAUUUCACUGUACCCUUGA